AUUUUAUAGCCCAAAACAUAGUCGAUUUGCCAAUAUAUUUACUGCAGACCAUAGUAUUUGUGAUAAUUUACUACUUUAUGGUGGGUCUCAACGCCGACUCCACCCGAUUCUUUACUGCUAUGGCAAUCGUCAUACUCAUCAGUCAAUGUGCCAUAUCGUAUAGUUAUUUCAUGUCAUGCGUAACCUCCUCGGCCGACACUGCUCUGAAAUUAGGGUCACUAAUACUGACCCCGAUCAUAAUGUUUGGUGGAUACCUACUGGACAAAGAGUUGACUUGGGUCAAGUACUUUUACUGCCUGUCCUGGCUUAACUACGGCUUCGAGGCGUUGGUGAUUAACGAGUGGAAUGGUGUCCAGUUUGAUGACUGUCCAAAGGGUUGUAAUUCGACCAUACCGUGCAUAUCGACCGGUCAGGAAGUGAUCGAGGAUGUGUUGGAUUUCCACGUUGAUCAUUUGGGCCGAAACAUUUGGUCUUGUAUUGUCGAUCACAGCGACAACCAUUGCGAUGGUCACCAUCGAGAUGCUGCUGUCGACGAUAGAAUUACGAUCUUUUGA